CGCAGUGCAGUGACGUAACCCUGCUCCUCCCCCCGCACCUGCCAGCAUGGAAGCAGGGGGCGGAAGCGCGGUCCCGGGACCGGCGCUCGGGGAGCUGCUGGCGGACGAAUGUUAUGCUGACUUUUUAAAAGAAGACUUUGAUGUAAAGGCUUACACUUCCCAGUCUAUUCAUCGAGCCAUAAUAGCUGAGCAGUUAGCAAAACUUGCUCAAGGAAUCAGUCAGCUGGAUAAAGAGCUCCACUUGCAAGUAGUUGCAAGGCAUGAAGACCUGUUGGCACAAGCAACUGGGAUUGAAUCUCUAGAAGGUGUCCUUCAGAUGAUGCAGACUAGAAUUGGUGCUCUACAAAGUACUGUUGAUAGAAUCAGAGCCAAAAUUGUUGAUCCAUACAACAAAAUAGUAUCUCGUACAGCUCAGCUAGCAAAACUUCAGGCUGCUUGUGACUUGCUACGGAGAAUAAUACGCAUCUUGUAUCUCAGUAAGAGACUUCAAGGACAGCUGCAAGGAGGAAGCAGAGAGAUAACAAAAGCUGCACAGAGUCUCAAUGAACUUGAUUACCUUACUCAAGGAAUAGAUCUAUCUGGAAUAGAAGUAAUUGAAAAUGACCUGCUUUUUAUCGCCAGAGCUCGACUAGAGGUUGAAAAUCAGGCUAAACGUUUGCUUGAGCAAGGCGUAGAGACUCAGAAUCCAACUCAAGUGGGAACAGCUCUACAGGUUUUUCAUAAUCUUGGAACUCUGAAGGAUACUAUUGCUAAUGUAGUGGAUGGGUACUGUGCAUCCGUGGAGGAGAACAUCAGAAACGCUUUGGAUAUCAAAGUUUUGACUCAGCCUUCCCAGGCAGUUACAAGAGGGGGGCCUGGCCGAGCAGCUAUGCCAACACCAGGAAACACUGCAGCCUUCCGAGCAGCUCUCUGGACAAACAUGGAGAAACUCAUGGAUCAGAUCUGUGCAGCUUGUGGCCAGGUGCAGCACUUGCAGAAAGUAUUGUCAAAGAAGAGAGACCCUGUUUCACAUGUCUGUUUCAUUGAGGAAAUAGUUAAGGAAGGUCAGUCAGAUAUUUUUUACAAAUUUUGGACUGCAGUAACUCAGACUCUUUCAUCUCAGUUUCAGACAGCAACAGACUCUUCUAUGUUUUUGAAGCAAGCUUUUGAAGGAGAAUACCCUAAAUUACUGAGACUUUAUAAUGACUUGUGGAAGCGGCUGCAACAAUAUAGUCAAAAUAUUCAAAGAAAUUUUAGUGCAAGUGGAAGUACAGAUCUUUUAGCUGAACUGCAGCAGAUGGAAGAAGAUACUCAAGACAUAUUCAUGCAAAAGAAACAGGAUUAUGAUCCAGAAAAGGCCUUAAAAGAUUCACUGCAAUCAUAUGAAGCUGCUUAUUUAUCAAAGUCUUUAUCACGACUCUUUGACCCUAUCAACCUUGUCUUUCCUCCUGGGGGUCGUAAUCCUCCUUCUUCAGAUGAGCUUGACAGCAUUGUUAAAACUAUAGCAAGUGAGCUAAAUGUUGCUGCUGUUGAUCCAAAUCUCACAUUAGCAGUAUCAAAAAAUGUGGCAAAAACCAUACAGCUCUUUGGAGUGAAGUCUGAGCAGCUUCUGUCCACUCAAGGAGAUGCCAGCCAGGUGAUUGGCCCGCUUACUGAAGGGCAGAGAAGGAAUGUGGCUGUAGUGAACUCGCUAUACAGACUGCACCAGUCAAUGCUGAAGGUGAUUUCCAACCAGAGUUCAUUUCCAGCAGUUGCUGAGCAAACUAUCGCUGCAGCCUUAAAGGCAGUCCAUGAUCUGAUGGGUAGUGCUGUGCAACCCUUAUUGAAUUCAGUCGGAGACUCAGUAGAAGCUAUUAUCAUCACUAUGCAUCAGGAAGAUUUUUCUGGAUCAUUAUCCAGCUCAGGAAAACCAGAUGUCCCUUGUUCUCUGUACAUGAAAGAAUUACAGGGCUUCAUUGCAAGAAUCAUGAGCGACUACUUCAGACACUUUGAGUGUUUCGACUUUGUUUUUGAUAACACUGAAGCCAUUGCUCAGAGAGCAAUUGAACUUUUUAUUCGUAAUGCCAGCCUAAUAAGACCCCUUGGUGAAGGUGGGAAGAUGCGACUCGCUGCUGAUUUUGCACAGAUGGAGUUAGCAGUCGCUCCGCUCUGCAGGAGAGUAUCUGACUUGGGGAAGUCUUACAGACUGCUGAGGUCAUUCAGACCACUGCUUUUCCAGACUAGUGAACAUAUUGCCAGUAGCCCAGCUGUGGGAGAUAUAAUUCCGUUCAGCCUGAUUCUUCAAUUCUUAUUUACAAGGGCACCACCUGAGUUGAAAUCACCAUUCCAGAGAGCAGAGUGGUCUGUUGCCCGUUAUUCCCAGUGGCUGGAUGAUCAUCCAUCUGAAAAGGACAGGCUCGUUCUCAUAAGAGGUGCACUGGAAGCUUAUGUUCAGUCAGUGAGAACAAGGGAAGGGAAGGAGUUUGCACCGGUCUAUCCCAUCAUGGUUCAACUGCUGCAGAAAGCAAUGUCUACAGUGCAGUAAAAAUGUCUAGAAGACUUGUUAAUACAGAAAUUGAAGAGUGAUGGAGUUGGGUUGUUGGCAUUGAUUCACAUUUAUGGGAUUAACCAAAGCUUUUUUAAUACUACUGUCACUAUUUAAAGUGCUGUUAAUGAGAUACCAACCUAGUCUAACAAAGUGUACACAAUCCUCUUUCUGAGCUCUAGUUAACUGAAUUUUGGGAACAGGUUUAUAUCAAAACAAAGGUUUUGUUGGAAUAAAUGUAAUUUCCUGACACGGUCACUAAGAAGAGGUCAUUCUUGUUUGAGAAUCAUUUUCUAAUGCCCUUUUUGGUAAGAUGCAAACAUUAGGACCUGCUCGUAAUGUUCUAGGGCAGCAGGGGCUAACUUUCUGACAGGUUUGCCACAAAUUAUCUCUGUACUUCCCCACAUGCCACACAGCUCUGCUGCUCUGCUUUCUGCUCCCAGCCCUGUGCUCCUUGCCUGAGCUGCAGCUUUCUGCUCCACCUGCUGCUGGGCUCCCCGUCCUCUCCCCAGUUGGCUGCCUGUGCUACUUAAGGCACCCGUGCCCCAGGCUGCCCACCCUGUUCUAUAACAGUCUACAAAAAAUUGGUUUCCCGUAAAUAGAGCAGAGAGGGGCUUAGUUCUUAGCAUUGUGCGGACAAAGAUAGCACUUUUCGAAGGCUAAGAGGAGAAGCCUCAUUAGGAUGCAGUUUAUAUCUAAACAUUUCAUCUGAAAAGCACUAAGUUUACUACAAGGGAAGCAUUUUAAUUUCUAAACUAAUGUAGAGCUGAUUCUCUGUAGCAUUGCUGAAGCUUUGAAGUAACUUAUCCUUAUGUUACUUUUUUCUUUUUGCUACCAGUGUAAUAAAGAGCACCCACUAUCUUUUGAUCU